ACUCUCAUAUGGGCGCGCGGCCGGCCGGCCCGGCCAGUACGCGCCUAGAGUGCGGCCAGUGCGCGCCCGGUGAACGGAGCGCCGCGUCCGCCGUCCGCGCCGUCCGCCGCCGAGUGAGUCACCAUGGAGUGCGGCUGGCGGCUGCCCGAGCCGGCGCCUGAAUCACGCCGCUCGGGGGUCGCCCACUUCUGGGAAGCGUGCUGCCAGAAGCCCGGCCAGCCGGCGGUGGGCGCCCACAGUCCGCGCGCGACGCCGCCCGGCGCCUGGUGCUGCCGCGACGCGGCGCCCCACUGCACAGCCGCGCCUGCCGCCGACUGCACGGCCGCCACCGCCGCCGCGCUCUGGAGCGACGGCCUGUCGGCCAUAUCGGACGCUCUGUGCGGAGACCUGCCGCCGACCGCCCUCAGCGGCCACUGGGACUCGGGUGUGUGGAGAGACGAUACCACCGGCGACGCGACCGCGUGGCGCGAGCCGCCGCGAGCCUCGAGUGCCUCCUGCGAGGCGACCGACGCCGUCUGGAGCGACAGCGGCGUCUGCUGUUCACCGGAGCCGCUGCGGGUGCCGGGGCCGAGUCCGCCGGCCGCGCUCGGCUGGCAUGGCCGCUGUAUGGCCGAGCAGGGCCCCCCGCGCGUGCUGACCGCCUGCCUGGACUCGGCGGCCGCCGGCUAUGGCAGCCCGACGCUGGUGCGCUCGCAGAGCGCGCAGCCGGCAGAGCUGGGCUCGCCGCUGCCGGACCGGUCGCCGCGCUCUGUGCGCAGUCUGCCCAACCUGUGCGGCGGCCCGGCCGGCCUGGGAAGCCCCGGCUCCGAGUGGGGCAGCCCCGCCCCCGUCGCGACCGACGCGGACGCCGCCGACGACGGCGAUGAGGACGGCGACUCGCCGCGCGUCAUGGUACCGCCAGAUCCGAGGACCUGGACGCGGGAGCACAUCCACGGCUGGCUGCGCUGGGCCGAGCGCAAGUUCUGCCUGCCGCCGGUGGACGCAGCUGCGUUCCCCAGCUCGGGAUCGGAGCUGUGUCAGAUGGGCAGGGCGCAGCUGGGCGCGCUGGUCGGCCGGCAGACGGCGCGAUGUCUCCGCUUCCAUCUGCACUCGCUGAAGAAGAGGGUCGGUCUCGACUCUGCCAGUGAGGAAGAGGAGGAGGAGGAGCCGACCGGCAGCGAGCCGGGCUCUGCGCUCUCGGCAGAGGAUGUGGAUACCCUGCGCCGCUCCGGGUGGGCGCGGCUACCGGACGGCGUCACCGCGGCCGCCUUCCCCGGCUCCAAGCCCAGCGACCACCGGACCGUCACCAUGAGUCAGCAGGAGGCGCGCGCCGAGUGUCUGCGGCUGGCCGGCCAGACGUCCGGUCAGAUCCAGCUGUGGCAGUUUCUGCUCGAGCUGCUGGCCGAUCCCGCCCAGCACGCCACCUGUAUCGUCUGGGAGGGCCGAGAUGGCGAGUUCAAACUCACCAACCCAGACGAGGUGGCUAGGAAGUGGGGAGAGCGAAAGAGCAAGCCCAACAUGAACUACGACAAACUCAGCCGAGCGCUUAGAUAUUACUACGAUAAGAACAUGAUGACCAAAGUCCACGGCAAGCGGUACGCCUACAAGUUCGACUUCGUCGCCCUCUACCAAGCCAUUCAGACCCAGAGCAGCAGUGAGAGCUCGACCUACAAGUACCCGGGCGAGCUGACCUUUCUCUCGCCCCAGGUGACCCCGCUCAUGUCGAGCCCUGCGGCACUGUCCGCUCCCGGCUACUGUCCGAGCCAGACGCCGCCGUCGACAGGCGCUCUGUACGGGCCGCUGUCGCCCCGACCUCCGUACACGUGAGCGUAGGGUAGGGAAUAGAGACGGGAGGUGAUCGGAUCCCCUCCGGCGGCACAGCGAGCCGCGCCGUGGCUCGAUACACACGAUCUCCGAGGGACGAGUGAGACUGAGCUGGUGCCAGGCUGGCCUCUGCGGCAGUUAACAGGGUAGUUCGCCGGAACGGAACGCUGCUCGUGCGAGCCCAAUGGCGUGAUGGUGAUUGAAGAGCGCGACUUUGCCAUCGACCCGUGUGAGCAAUUUGUCGAUGAUAGCUGUCGGUGAUACCACACCGUGAAAGGUGGCUGAUUGUUGUAGCUGGAUUUGUAGGUUCCUUCGUGAAAGAAUCCCUCCGAAAUUCGGAGACGGCUGACUCGCUCGAUAGAUGUUCGCGUGCGGUGCUGAACUGGUUUUCCUAAGGCCCGAUUCGACCAACAACCGGCUCGCACCGCGGCGAACUUCACUGUGAGCACUCAGCGAGUGAUUCUUCCACUCAGGAGAGGGACGGGAGGCGGAUAGGAGACGGAAUAGGAGCGAGGAUGGC